AUUUAAUGAUGGCCACUCCCGAUUGAGCGGGAAAUUCCGAAUGUUUUACAAUGUUUUUAUUUCAACGUUCCUCAGGCCGACAUUUUCUGACAAGCGUAGAAAAAGUUUUCAUCAACAGCCGCCAUUUUGCGCUGGAGAGACUAAGAAGAAUUUAGGAAUUUGUCGUGUAAAUUUUCUGUUUUUUUCUUACAUCAUACCAUUAUAAACUGUAUCAUUCCGUGUAUUUUAAUGUGUUAAGUGAAAUUGCGUAGUUUGAUCAAAGAAAUAAAUUUCAUAAAGUAGACAAAUCUGGUGAUAUUGUUUUCAUUUAUUGUGCUAGUUCCGACGGAAGAUGGUGAGAGGGUCUGUGUAGCUCUUCGAUUCGGAGCUUUGUAAUGGCGAAUACUUGAGUGAGAAUUAUAAUAUGUGCCUUCUACGAUGCGAAGGACAUCGAACGAUUGUGAUGUGGGUGAAUUAUAUUAUGAUGAAUGACAAAUCUCUUUAAAAUGUUAUUUCUUGAAGAUAUAAGACAUAAAAGUGUUAUUUGAAUCGGCGGGCCGAAAUAUUCACGACGGCUUACGUUUAGUAAACAGAGCCAUGGCCGAUGAGCCGCCUAACAAGCGGCCGAAGAUGAUCAGGGACCCUUUUCAGGGUCCCUCUGACUCCACGGCUGAUGGAUUCUCAAACCUUGACAUGUUUGACCUCGAAAAGGACCUCCCUGAUGAAUUAAUGGGAGGUCCAUGGGGUGAGCAGCCGGGAGUUCCGGGCCCCAAGCCCCCGGCGCAAGGAUUGGGGCCUGGGCAAAUGGCCCCUCAGCAGCAGCUCAAUGGAGAUGAUCCUGCAGCUGCUAUGCACAGACAGAUCAAUAAUCAUCUUUUACAAGUCUUUUCACAGGGCAACAAGAGUGGCUUAGUUGGCCACAACAAUCCUUUAGGAUUGAGUAGUUUAGGCAGUAAGAGUCCAAACUUACAGUCACCUCCAAAUGUGUCUGUAUCAAAGGACCUCAUGGGUGGCAUGCACCAAUUAAUGCCAAAUACGAGUCACCCAAAUCAACUACAUUCGACAAUGCCGAUGAGUUCAAUUCAAGGCGGCAUGAACGUCACAAACGUUGGGAAUAUGAUUGUGACAAAUAGUAAUAUGACUGGAGCAGGGAUGCUUGGAAGUGGGAUAAUUAACAAUGUAAACAAGCAGCUGCCGACACUGAUGGGCAACAGCCAUCAUGGGACACAUCAUCCUCAUGCACAGAACGGUAUUUUACAGGCGAUACAAAACGGGCCCAUCGGUGGACGAGUAGGCGGGGUUGGGAUGCAGGCGCCGAAUAUUCGCGCUCCAUUACAGCAUCACCCCCGAAUGCAAGCGCCAGGUGGCGGCGGUCAUCCGCUUGCUCCAUAUCAUCCAACGUACGGGCAGUCUGCAACAGGAGCCGGUGCCGCGGCGGGGGCUCCGCUACCACAAAGACCCGCCGGUGUCCGGUUCGGUCCGUCGGGCGAGAUGGGAGCUGGAGGAGGCGGGGCUGCCGCUGCUGUCCCUCCCGCUCCGUCACCGCAGACUCCCGGAGCUCCGGCGGGGGGCCAGUCGCAACCGCAGGCCGCCACCCAAGCUCCUGCUCAGCAACCUGCCGGCCCUCAGCAACCUCCCGCCGGUUCCAUUGCAGACCCAGAAAAACGUAAACUUAUUCAGCAGCAGCUUGUUCUACUGUUACAUGCACACAAAUGUCAACGACGCGAGUCUCAGUCAAAUGGAGAGUCGUGGCAAUGCUACUUACCUCAUUGUAAAACAAUGAAAGGUGUACUAAAUCACAUGAUGUCAUGUCAGGCUGGAAAAAGUUGUACUGUACCGCAUUGUUCGUCGUCGCGACAAAUUAUCAACCAUUGGAAACAUUGCAACAAAAAUGACUGUCCUGUAUGUUUGCCUCUGAAACAAGCGGACCGAACUCGCAGCAUAAACGCCGCGGCGGGAGGACAGGCUCCCCACGUGACCACCGGAGUGGCGAGUGGAGUGACGGGCGGCGUGGCCAGCGGGGUGGGUGGCGGCGGAGGCGCAGGCGGCAUGGCCAGCGUCGGCAUAGGUGUGGGCAGCGGCGGCACUGUGCAAGGCACGAUAGGCGUCGCGCAACAGUUGAGCGCACCUACGCAAGAGGCCAAUAUGAAACGCGCAUAUGAGGCGCUUGGUAUAACGUGCCCCACUUCUGUGCCGAACAUGGGCGGUGGAUUUCCUCGCGCCCCUGUGCGUAUGCCGGCCCCGCGCCCUCCUCCGCUCACGGACGUGGUGCCGCAGCAACAGACGCAGUCCGUACAGUCGCUGUUCUCGCACCAACCGCAGCCGGACAUGCAGACGCAACAACAGCAACAACAACCCCAGCAACAAACCCAGACGCAGCAGCAACAACAGCAACAACAACUGAAUAUUAUUUUAACUCAGAUGGGGACGGGAUCCCUCCAGCUCCCGGGUGGAGCCGUGACCGCCAAUCCAGUAUCGGGAACGAAGGAGUGGCACCAAUCGAUCACGGCUGAUCUCAGAAACCACCUAGUCCACAAACUGGUUCAAGCGAUAUUCCCGACACCAGACCCAUCGGCGAUGCUCGAUAAACGGAUGCACAACUUAGUAGCUUAUGCUAGAAAGGUUGAGGGUGACAUGUAUGAAAUGGCAUGUACGCGAUCAGAAUAUUAUCACUUGCUAGCUGAGAAAAUCUAUAAAAUUCAGAAAGAGCUAGAAGAAAAAAGACAAAAAAGAAAAGAGCAACAACAGUUGGCCGCCCAGGCUGCACAGCAACAAGCGCAGCAGCAGGCCCAGUCACAGGUCAAUUACAUGAACCAAUGUAAUAAACAGGUGCAGCUUCAGCAACAAGGUGUUGGAAGUGCAGGCCAGGUAGGCGGAGGUGUUGGCGUGGGCGGCGCUGCCAGGGCGGCACUGGGCCGUGGUGGGCUGGCCGGGACUGCACCUCUCGGCAUGCGCAUUCCUUCGCCCGGCAUCGCACUCUCCAUGCCCACGGCAAGACUGCCCUUCCAGAACAACCUUGUGGGACCGCCCGGACCUAGUCCCAACCAGAUGGGUCAAACGUCGAAUGGAAGUGUGGGUAGUGUGGGUGCGCCGGGCAUGUCGCCGUUCGGGUCGUUGACCUCCCCCGCCCCCCACUACGCGCAGACCAACGGACCCGCGCCGCUUGCCUCCCCCACGCACCAACACAUCGACACCAACAAGUGCGUGCGUGGCGGUGCGAGUCCGUUCGUGGGAGUGAACUCGCCCGCGCCCGGCACCCCCGCCACCCCCGCGCGCGCCUCCCCCGCGCCCGCCCGCCACCUGCCGCCGCCGCCGCCCCCGCAGCCGCAGCACCACCCGCUCGUGCAACACGAACAGAGUCCCCAACAACAAGAAGAAAUUCGUGUCAAACAAGAACCAGAGGAGCCUCGGAUUAAAGAAGAACCCGAGGAUGACUGUGGCGGAAAAGGAAUGCGGGAUGAGAUUGUUUCUCAAAAAGAUUCAAGCGAACCGGACUUCAUGGUUAAACAAGAGAUCAAGCAAGAAAUUAAACAAGAAGCUAAACAAGAAGUCAAACAAGAAACUAAGCUGGAAGUCAAAGCGGAGAUCAAAGAAGAACCCACGGAGAGCACUACUGACUUGAAUAAUGCCGACCGAGGGACGAGGAAGAUCUUUGUGUUCAAACCCGAGGACCUGCGGCAGGCGCUCAUGCCCACACUCGAACAAAUGUUCCGACAAGACCCCGAGUCCCUGCCCUUCCGCCAGCCCGUCGACGCGCAGGCCCUGUGCAUCCCGGACUACUUCGAUAUCGUCAGUAAACCGAUCGACUUGUCCACCAUCAAGUCGAAGCUGGACCGCGGCGUCUACAAGGACCCCUGGGAGUAUGUCGACGACGUGUGGCUGAUGUUCGAGAACGCCUGGCUCUACAAUAGAAAAAAUUCUAGAGUUUACAGAUAUUGUACUAAGCUAUCAGAAGUAUUCGAGCAGGAGAUUGAUCCCGUGAUGCAGAGUUUGGGCUAUUGUUGUGGACGAAAAUACACAUUCAACCCCCAAGUGUUAUGCUGUUACGGCAAACAACUGUGUACCAUCCCGAGAGACGCCAAGUACUUCAGCUACAAGAACAGUCUAAAAGCGUAUGGGGUUGUCUCCGAUAGAUACACGUUCUGCCAGAAAUGCUUCAAUGAGAUCCAGGGCGACACCGUGACGCUCGGCGACGACCCGCUACAACCGCAGACUGCUAUUAAAAAGGAUCAGUUUAAAGAAAUGAAAAAUGACCAUUUGGAACAAGAACCGUUUGUUAUGUGCAUGGACUGUGGCAGGAAACAGCACCAGAUCUGUGUAUUACACCAUGAUUCGAUAUGGCCCCAGGGCUUCUGCUGUGAUAAUUGUUUGAAGAAGAAGGGGGGCAAACGGAAAGAGAACAAGUUUAGUGCGAAGAAACUGCCCACCUCUAAACUUGGCAUUUAUAUUGAAACUAGAGUCAAUAAUUUCCUAAAGAAGAAAGAGGCUGGUGCCGGUGAAGUGCAUAUCAGGGUUGUCGCCUCUUCUGAUAAGAUAGUAGAAGUGAAACCAGGAAUGAAAACAAGAUUCGUAGAGCCUGGUGAAUUAUCUCCCGAAUUCCCGUACAGGGCCAAAGCUUUAUUUGCAUUUGAAGAAGUUGAUGGGACUGAUAUUUGUUUCUUUGGUAUGCAUGUGCAGGAAUACGGCAGUGAGAGUCCGUCACCCAAUACGAGGCGCGUUUAUAUAGCAUAUCUAGACUCGGUACAUUUCUUUCAACCGCGUCAGUGCAGGACGGCAGUGUACCAUGAGAUUUUAUUAGGAUAUUUAGAUUAUGCUAAGCAACUGGGUUAUACCAUGGCACACAUAUGGGCGUGUCCGCCGUCGGAGGGAGAUGACUAUAUUUUCCACUGUCAUCCGCCUGAACAAAAAAUUCCAAAGCCCAAAAGGUUGCAAGAGUGGUAUAAGAAAAUGUUAGAUAAAGGAAUUAUAGAGAGGAUAAUAUUAGACUAUAAAGACAUUCUCAAACAAGCAAUGGAGGACAACAUCUCUUCAGCGGCUGAGCUGCCGUAUUUUGAGGGCGACUUCUGGCCGAAUGUACUAGAAGAGUCCAUAAAAGAAUUAGAUCAGGAGGAAGAGGAGAAAAGAAAGCAGGCAGAAGCCGCCGAGGCAGUGAUAUUCCAGUCGUCAGAGGAGAACGAGCAGGGCCCUGAUGGUAAGAAGAAAGGCCAGAAGAAGGCGAAGAAAUCAAACAAGUCAAAGGCGGCCCAGAGAAAGAACAGCAAGAAACAAAGUGAUCAGCAACAGGGAAGUGAUCUCAGUGCAAAAAUAUUUGCAACCAUGGAGAAACACAAGGAAGUGUUCUUCGUUAUAAGGCUACAUUCCGCACAGUCUGCUGCUAGUUUAGCUCCUAUUCAAGACCCUGAUCCAUUAUUAAAUUGUGACCUCAUGGACGGUCGUGACGCGUUCUUAACCAUGGCGCGAGAUCGACAUUACGAGUUUUCGUCGACAAGAAGGGCGAGGUACUCGACGCUGUGCAUGCUGUACGAGCUGCACAACCAGGGCCAGGACAAGUUCGUGUACACGUGCAACAGCUGUAAGUCGCACGUCGAGACCAGGUACCACUGCACCGUCUGCGACGACUUCGACCUGUGCGUGCCCUGCUACGAGAAGGAGGGACAUCCGCACACCAUGGAGAAGCUCGGCCUCGACAUCGACGUGGGCUCCUCGCCGGGAGACAUGAAGCAAGCCAACCCGCAGGAGGCGCGCAAGCAGUCCAUCCAGCGCUGCAUCCAGUCUCUGGUGCACGCGUGCCAGUGCCGCGACGCCAACUGCAGGCUGCCGUCCUGCCAGAAGAUGAAGCGGGUCGUCACCCACACCAAGAUCUGCAAGCGAAAGACGAAGGGCGACUGUCCGAUCUGCAAGCAACUGAUAGCGCUGUGCUGCUACCACGCCAAGCACUGCACGGAGUCGAAGUGCUCGGUGCCGUUCUGCAGCAGCAUCAAGCAGAAGCUGAAGCAGCAGAAGGUGCAGCAGCGCGUGCAGCAGGCCAAGCUGCUGCGGCGGCGCAUGGCGGCCAUGAACACGCGCGCCGCCCCGCCCUCCUCCCCGCCGCCGCACGCGCUCGCCUCGCCGCCCCCCUCCAAGCCCGCCGCCACGCACGUGCCGCACAACGUGCAGAAGGCGCUGCAGCAGGUACAGGAGGAGGCGGCGCGACAGCAGGCGCCGUCGUACGGCAAGCAGGGCGCCAUGGGGCCGCCCGGCGCCGCCGCCCGCGCCGACUGGGCCGCGCGCUACCGCCCGCCGCCGCCGCCGCCGCUGCACCACGCGCCGCACCUGCCGCGCCCGCACCACCUGCACGCCGCGCAGCCCGCGCCGCCCGCCAUGCAGCAGCAACAGCGAGGCGCGAGUCCGGCCGGUCCGCAGCCGCAGAUGCACCAGAAGGCACUCCAACAGCUGAUGGCCACGCUGCGCUCGCCCAGCAGUCACAACCAACAACAGGAGAUAUUGCAAAUACUCAAAUCCAAUCCGCCGCUGAUGGCCGCCUUCAUAAAACAACGACAGAACGCGCAAAAUCAACAAGCGGGUGUAGGAGGCGUGGGCUCAGUGGGCGGGGUGUGCGGCGUUCCUCAGCAACAAGCGCCGUUGCAGCACAUGAUGCAGCCGCAGCAGCAGCAGCGACUGCAGCAGAUGCACCAGAUGUUGCCGCAGCAGCCGCAGGUGGGUGGUGUGUCAGGAGUGGGCACAGUGGGCGGCGUGUCCAACGUAGGCAUGAGUGCAGUCGGCGCCGGCGGCGUGGGGACCGUAGGCGGCAUGGCUCACGGUGCUGCCGGCGGUUGGUUUAAGCAAAACGCGGCGGCCGGCGUGGGCAUGAUGAGCAUGCGUGGUGCAUACGGCGGAGUGGGCGGCGUGGGUGCGGUGGGCGGAGCGGCGCGGCUGGGCGGUGCGGGCGCGCGCUACAGUUUCGUGGGCGGCGGCGUGGGUGGUGUGGGCGGCGUGGUGCAGCGGUCGCCGCCCGCCACGCCGUCGCCGCGCCCGCCCACGCCCUCCGAGCUCCACCUGCUGCGACAGUCGCCCGCACCGCCCGCGCCGCAUCCGCCGCCCGACGACCAACUUCCGCCCAUGACGCCGCAGGACCAGCUCACGAAGUUCGUCGAACAGUUGUAGUGUAUAUAGCAGAGGCGCGCGGUGCCGUCCUGUAAUAUAUAAUGUAAUGGCGGCGCGCGCGCUCCCCCCACCCUCCCCUCCCCUCGCUUCCCUUUCCUUGUUCCCGAGCCCUAUUUAUUGUCGAUGAGUUGUGUUUUUGCGACGCGAGGGACGUAAAUUAAGUAUUACGGUGACCGAAUCGAGAGCUCAAUGUACAAAAUGUAAAUAUGAGAGGAGAAACGUCCUGUCCGCUUCUGCGUAAUUGUAAGUUGUUCGUAGUGUAGGUACAUUAUGAUACUUAUUCUGUUUAUUGUAAUUAAAUCAUUUUAUAAUAUAAUUAUGUGAUCAUUAUAAAAA